UGCGAAAAGUCCACCAGUUUCUCUAUAUAGCGAGGAUAUUUCCCCAUUUGUCCAGUUUUUAGCUCUGACCCUAAUGGGUUUAGUUUUUUUACUAAUAAAAAUAUGUAUAUAACAAAACUUCUCUACUGUUGAGUUGUAGCAUUAAUAUUGAUGUCAUGUUGUCAUGUGGAUGUUCAGGGUGCAGAGAGAGUGCGAGCAGAAGGAUAAUGAGGUGAAAGUCCUGGUGGAGGACAAGAACAAGUUACAGUCAACCAUCAGAGGGCUGGAGCGGGAGCUGGCGGCGCUCAGGAGAGAAGUUAAUCACAGAGAUGAUAUUAUCCGUGACAGGGAGACUAAGAUCAGCAACACCAGAGACAGCGUCAGUGAACUGGAGAAACAACGGUUCCUGCUGGACCAUCAGUUGAGUCAGCUCAAGGAGGAGCUGGCCCCUCUACACACAGCUCUGGAGCAGCGAGCGCAACAUAUCAAGCAGGUGCGUAAACAUAUCUCCCACUAAACAAUACAUACGCAAUUAAAUUAUCAUUAUUAUUAUCAUCAUCACAGGAGGAAGUGCUAAUUCUGUAGGGGGUCAUACAGCGCCUGAGACAAGGGAGGUAAUCAAGUUAGAUUCGAGAAUGAGGAGGAUAUCUCUAAUACUUUUCAUCAAGAA